AUGUCUGACUUUAUUACUCAAUUCCAAAAAGUUCUGUUAUCAGAAGCUUCUCAAGUUGAUGAAUCAAAAUUCCCAACUUUAACUAAGGAACAAAAAGCUCUUGCAUCUCAAUUCGAAACCUUAUCCACUAGACUCGAUGAAGUUGACACUUUAGCUCAAUUAAAUGAAUUUCUUAAAAACAAAACAUUUGUUGCUGGUGCCGUCCCAUCUAAAGCCGAUUUAACCGUUUUUGAAAAAGUUUUAGUCUUAGCUGCCAAAUGGACUUCCGUUAAUGAUAUUGCCAAACAUAGACAUAUUCUUAGAUGGGUUGAUUUAAUUCAAAACACUUUAGUUGAAGUUCCUGAAGCUCAACAAAUUAAGGUUGACUACAAUGUUGAACUUCCAAGAGAAAUCAAGGAAAAGAAGAAGCCAGCUGCUGCUGCUGCCGCCGCUGCCACUGAAGCUAAAGCCGAAGCCCCUGUUGAAGACAAGGCUGCUCAAGGUGGAGCCAGAAAGGAAUUAACCGAAGAAGAAAAGAAAGCCAGAGUCGAAGCUCAGAAGGCAAAGAAAGCAGCCAAGGCUAAGGCCAAUGCCGAAAAGAACAAACAAACUCAAGCUGCUGCCAAUGUUCCACCAACUCCAGCCAUGAUUGAUUUCAGAGUUGGGUUUAUUCAAAAGGCCGAAAAGCAUCCAAAUGCCGAUUCAUUAUAUAUGUCAACCAUUGAUAUGGGAGAUGAAGAAGGUCCAAGAAUUGUUUGUUCUGGAUUGGUUAAAUAUUUCCCACUUGAAGAAAUGCAACAAAGAUGGGUUGUUGUCGUUGCUAAUUUGAAACCAGUUACUAUGAGAGGGGUUAAAUCUUGUGCUAUGGUAUUAUGUGCAUCUGAUGAAAAUAAAGUUGAAUUUGUUAAUCCACCAGCUGGUUCUAAACCAGGUGAUAAGAUUUUCUUUGAAGGUUAUAAUGGUACUCCUGAAAAACAAUUAAAUCCAAAGAAGAAGAUUUGGGAAGCUUGUCAACCUAAAUUCUCAACUAAUGAAAACUUUGAAGUUACUUAUACUGAAGAAGGUCAAGAACCAAAGAGAUUGGUUAAUGAAAAGGGUGAAUUAUGUAAGAAUACUUCACUUGUUAAUGCUGAAGUUAAGUAA